AACCCAGAUGUACCAUGGACUACACUAGAGAUUAAUGUUUACAUGAAGACGGAUACAACAGGAUACUAAACCAGUGAAGCGACAGAGCUAGAUUGACUUCCCGGACUGCGACAUACCUCCCUACAGACAGGUAGACAAUGGCAACGAGCCCUUGGAUCAUCACUACAGUGUUAGUGGCUGUGUACGUGCCACUGGUUAGGCCAGGUCCUAUCCCAACAGAAGUCUACAUGAAGAUGAGGAACGACCUGAUCUACAAAGAUGAAAAUACUAGAAUCGGUGCUCACCUAAGUCUGUCGCUAGAUGAGAAGUUGGCCAAUGAGAUUUUCAUGAAGGAAAAACGCGCCAUGAUAGACGAGAGUAGAGACACCCCAAGUUUAUUUCUCCCAACAGCAAGCUUCUACCGCUCCAAGCAGUACAUUCAACAGACCAAACUCUACAAGCUCAUUCAAAAGAUGCCCAAAGGCGCAGCACUGCACAUCCACGACCAAUCCAUGGUCAGCCUGGAUUGGAUUGUGAAAAACGCCACCUACCGGGACAAUGUGUACAUGUGUGUGGCCAACCAAUCUCUGUUUUUUAGAGUUUUCAACGCCACAUCCAUUAAUUCAGCCUGUGAAUGGAAAUCCGUGAAAUCACAGCGAGCAGCUUCACAAGACGUGGCUGAAUUUGAUGCGAGUAUCCGCAAAAACCUAUCCAUGAUAUCCAGCGAUCCAUUCCAGGCGUUUGAAGAUAACCAAGAGGCCUGGGUGCGGUUUAUUGGAUUUUUUCGACAAGUCUUUGGGCUGCUGACUUACGCCCCUUUGUACAGAGACAUGAUACUACAAACACUGGAAGAAUUCUAUCAAGAGAAUGUGCAGUAUUUGGAGAUAAGAGGUGACCCUAGUGGUUUGUAUGAACUAGACGGGACAGUCCACAAUGCCGAGUACGGUGUAAAUCUAAUUAAAGCGGCAGUGACUGAGUUCAAGAACAAACAUCCAGACUUCAAUGGCGUCAAAUGGAUCAUCUCUGGGAUAAGUGGCGUCAAGUGGAUCAUCUCUGGGAUAAGGAACAAGCCAGUUGAUGUCAUCCUGGAGCAAAUAAAAACGACCAUGUAUUUACACCAGAAGUACCCAGAGUUCGUCAUCGGAUACGAUCUGGCCGGCAAUGAAGGUUUCUUUCAUCCAUUUGUUUACUACAUCGAAGCGCUACUGUACCCGUCCAGACAAAACCCACCCUACAAGCUGCCGUAUUUCUUUCAUGCAGGGGAGACAAACUGGCAGGGAACGUUGACAGACAGGAAUCUGAUUGAUGCCAUUUUGUUGAACACAACACGAAUCGGGCACGGAUACGCCAUAGGAAAACACCCCAGGCUGAUGGAGAUAGUGAAAGAAAGGGAUAUAGCUAUAGAGGUCCAGCCCAUAUCUAAUCAGGUACUGAGGCUGGUCAGUGAUUUCAGAAACCAUCCAAUGGCGGCCCUCAUUGCCAACAACAUGCCCAUCGUCAUCAGCUCCGAUGACGUCACGACGCUGGACUCUGGUCCCCUCUCAUUUGAUUUCUUCAUCACCUUUAUGACCAUGUCCAGCGAGGACGCUAACCUAACACUGCUCAAACAACUGGCCAUCAACUCUAUCACGUACAGCCAGAUGAACUACGUGGAAAAAUUGGAAGCCAUAGGUUUUUGGGAGUCAAACUGGGCCAAGUUCAUUAAAGAAGUUAUCAGUGCUUAACCAGUUGUGUUUUGUGAUAAUAUGUAGUGCACAUUAUAAGCAAAAAGAAUGUAUAUUAGUUAUAUAGCCAAUGCUGAAUAAAAAUAUAAUUUAUAUCGCUCCUGCUUUCGAGCAACCAACAUAUAAAUAAAAGUCGAUACUUAAUAUACAGGUAACAAACAUUACAAAGGCUCG